UAUUUGGUUGUUUUUUUUUUUCAUUGUUUCUACCAAAUGGAGUGUUUAAGGGUUGGUUAAAACAAGAACAAACAAUUUAGUGGAUGGUUUUUUCUUUUAAUUAUAACUUUAAGUGCUUGCACAAUUUCAAAUGCAAGUGUUGGGGCUGAUUGUUCUGUGAAGAGUUUAUAGUACACUGUACAAGAGCAAGAAAAUUGUGCUAAUGUGGUGUAUAGAUAUAAAUCGGUUCGACAAUACGUUUAGUCAGUUUAGUGUGCAGUCCAAGAUGGCGGCGGAUUCGGGAAUGGAUACGUGUCCGUCCCCAGAAAAUCCAGAUUCCCGGAAAAGACCCUUGGAUGGAGAUGUGGAAAAUGGAUCUACAAAAAGAUCACACUAUGGGAAUGGAGGAGAUGGAAUCUACCACUUUAAAAUCCUUGUACCUAGCAUUGCUUCUGGUGCAAUUAUUGGCAAAGGAGGCGAAACCAUUGCUCAACUGCAAAAGGACACGAAUGCACGAGUUAAAAUGUCAAAGGCUAACGAUUUUUAUCCAGGUACUUCAGAGAGGGUCUGUCUUAUAUCUGGUAGUGUAGAUGCAAUUAUGUCUGUUUUAACCUUUAUCAUGGAGAAAAUAAAAGAAAAGCCUGAACAUGUAGUAAAGAGUGAAAUGGAGAAUAAGACUGGAACAGAAAGAGAUAAGCAGGUUAAAAUAUUGGUGCCAAAUAGUACAGCUGGUAUGAUUAUAGGAAAGGGUGGCAACUAUAUCAAACAAGUGAAAGAAGAAAGUGGCUCAUAUGUACAAAUAUCUCAAAAAGCAAAGGAUCAGAGCCUUCAGGAGAGGUGCAUUACUGUGAUAGGUGAGAUGGAGAACAACAAGAAGGCUUGUAUGCUGAUUCUAGUCAAGGUGAUGGAGGAUCCACAGAGUGGCAGUUGUCCUAAUGUUAGCUAUGCCGACAUCUCUGGACCUGUAGCCAACUACAACCCGACAGGCUCACCCUUUGCCCAUCCUACCACCCAGACCAACACCUUCGCUAACACUGCUAACAUCAACUCUUCUGUUGCUGUGAGCCAGUUGGGGAGUCUAAUGCUUAAUGGAGGCCUAGGAAUCGGAGGUGCUCCUGGUCUGAACUUGAGUCUCAAUCUCAACUCUCCCAUUGUUGGAGCCAACCAGUCCCUCACCUCUCAGCUGCUUGAUCAAAUCAAGCUCAUGUUGCGCUCUAGUGGCUGUUCUGAACAUGUCACUGCAGAGAUAUCCACUGCUAUGGCCACUCUUGCCAAAUACGGUAUCCUGGGUAUGGGGCUUGGCAUAGGAGCUGGAGGCCUAGGAACUGGCAGUUACCUAGGUGUUAGUCCGAUGGACGCCACCCCUGCAACAGCUAAUGGUGGUGCAGGUGUAUUUGGCCCCAUAGGAACCACUACACCCGCCCGUCCGUCGCUGGACCUGGCCUUCGACCCGUUCCGCCAUCCCACCCCCGCCUCUCCUCCCGGAUCUUCUGCCCUAAACAACAACUCAUUUGGGCUUGGAGCCGUGAAAUCAGAUGGAGACGGGAAAGAUACAAAGAAAGUCGACAUGGAAAUAGCUGAAGUGAUAGUAGGUGCCAUUCUCGGCCCCGGCGGCAGGUCACUAGUUGAAAUUCAAGCUAUGAGUGGUGCAAGCAUCCAGAUAUCAAAAAAAGGAACUUUUGCUCCAGGAACCAGAAACAGAGUUGUCACGAUAUCCGGAUCGCCUGCAGCGAUCGCCGCUGCUCAGAUUCUUAUUGAGCAGCGAAUCAGCGAAGAGGAAGUAAAAAGAAACCGUCAAAAUCCCUUGGGGCUGCUUCAGUAGUCUAGUCACGAUUAGAAACAUAUUUUGUUUGUUAAGUUUUAACACACUCUGAAAGUAUUUGUUUAACUAUGUUAACAGUAGGCUCAAUUAUUAUGAGUAUUCGACUAAAUGUUUCUCGGGCAAUCAAGCAAUUUAAUAUUUUGCUGAGAGGUGGUUUUAAGGUGUAACUGAUCUCACUCAUUACACAUCACGUCACAUGUUAGAAUACAUCACUGAGAGAGAUGUAGUAAAUUAGCUUGUUAUCAAUAUCAUUUUGUUAACCAUAACCAUACCAUCUUAGGAGUGGAUUUUGCACAUUUAAUAUUUUAUCUUAUUUUAUUUAGUAAGUGUUACCAAACAAAUGUUAUUCCAUAAUUUGAUAGUUUAUGAUAAUGUUAACUAUUUUCAUAUUAUUUUUAUAACCAAUAAAAUUUUAAUGUGGUAUUAAUUUUUUACUGUUAUUUGUGAGAAGUACUUGUUGAUAACUUAGGAUAUAAAAUAUCCUAGUGAAAUUACCAUUUGAAACAAAGACUAAAUAUAUAUAAACAUAUAUAUUAUUUUAUUAAGUUUGCUUUUACCUCAAACUGAUUUUCUUUUUUGUUGUACACGCUUCCAUCAAUCUUAACAGUAAAACAUUUGUUUUAGAAAUUGGACACUAGCUGCUUCAGUAGAAGAGGUACAUGAUUCUAGUUAUGAUUAAGUGUACAAUUGUAUAUAUAUUUUACUUGACAGUUUUAACCCCAUAUUUUAAUUUCCAGUUUUAAGGUAACAGUAAAAAUAAAUGUGUACUUUGAAUAUACCCCUGCCCAAAAUUUUAAUAUUUUAUGUGUAAUAAAUGUUUAAGUUAUACAUAGCUGUAAAAAAAUCAUAGUCUUACAUUUAAGUGUUAACCCUAGUUUAUUAUGUAAAAGAGUGGACUGUAGAUCUUAAACAUUACAAAUAAACUUCACCCCCAUAUACAUGAGCACGAAGAGCCAUUAGACAUAAUUCCAACCCCACCAGUUUCAAUCGAUUUGUAGGCUGUAUAAUCAAAAUAUGUUUAGGGACUUUGCAUGGAUACAAUGUUAAAUGUUUGGAUGUGUAGAAUAGAUGGGUGUUGUUCCUAGUACCUGCUCCAGCUCAUUAUGAGUCAGAUAUGUCAUUCAAAUUUACAUUACAUUCAUUUAUUUCAUCUUUCACCAUUUCACUGGUUUGAACUGAUGUUUAUACAAUAUGAAAACAAAAACAUCCACAUCUAUUUAACAAUUUGUGUUCUGUUAUCUUACUUGAAAUAGAUUUGUUUAAUGUUGCAGAAGGUGACAGAGAUCCAGCUAAGAAUGAAAGAACUUUUAUUUUUAAUUGUAACAAUUACAUAAGUUUUUUUAACGAGUUGUUCUUUAUAUUUUAAUGUUAUUUAAAUUUUUAGCUGGAAGUGCAUAACUAUCACAGGGAAUGCAUCUCCAAUAUGUCUUUUCCUUCAGUUAAUUACAAUCACAGUCUACAGAGAAACAAGUGUGGUUCAGAUACCUAUUAUCUUUCAUAUCAAUAAGCACCAGCAUAUUUAAUUGCAUUUUAUUGCAUUUUUUUUAAAUGGAAUGAAUGAUAAUUAAUUGUUAAACUAACUGUUAAAUAUAUGUGGAUUGAUUGGAAGGUAAGAGUGAGAGUGGAUCCCAGCAAAGUGCCUUACAUCGUAUCAGCUGGCCUGGUGCGUUCAUUUGGCCAUCAAUCAUGCAUCUGCAUUCAGUGUUCCGACCCAACUCGCUCAACAUAAUACUGUUGGUUUGGAUCACAUAAACUGAAAUACAUCCCAUAAUUAUAAGUAAUAAAUGGUUACAAAUUAAUGUUUACAACAGUUUUAGCCAUAGAAAAUGUAAACGUAUGCUGGUUACUUUCUGACGUGAUUAAAUGAAAUAUAAACCAGUUCAACACAUGAAAUGAUGAAAUAUUUCAAUUGAUAAAUUAAUUUUCUUUUGUCUUAUAAUGGAAUUGUUUGGUAUGGUUUUUAGUGAUAGGACUUUUGGUGUUUUAAUUUUGGGAUUAUUUAUCAGCAUCGGCCAUUAAUUUGUACCUUGAUAUAAUGGAUUUGUGGUUGUUACUUGUUAAUGAUAAGGCAAUGAAAGUAAGAUUAAUCCUGAAUUAACUAUUCUGUGUCAUUAAAAUGAUCUGAUCUUGAAUUUGAGAACUGAUUUCUUUUCAUGUUAAGAGAUCUGUCAAAGAACAUAUAAAAUAGUAUUGUGACUCCUUGGAACUUGUUAUUUGUUGUGUAAGUUAUCUGAAAUUAUAGUAUCCCCCUCUUAACUUGUAUUAUUCUGUGAUACAAUUAGGCCUAUCCAGUUGGGUUGCUUCUAGUUUAGUUACCGCACAGUUGUUGGCCUAGUUGUUUUUUAUUAUAUAUACAUAAAUAUAUAUAGUUGUUGAUGUUGUUGUUCCUAUUAAAGUUGUAGUUAGUCAAUCUCAUUCAUCAGCCAUAUGUGAUAUUGUUGUGUCUCUUCAAUAUUAUUGUUAAAGGUUACCAAUGUCAAAAAGAAAUUGUUGUGCUAUUAACAAUAUAUAACUAUUUUUGUCAUAAUGAUAAUUUAUAGGAUUAACGACAAUAGUUCAUUAUCUUACUGGCUGUUGUUAUUGUAUAUUACAACAUAGUUUACAAUUCUGCAUGCGUUGUUGUUAUUGGUGUUGUUCCGAUACAUUCGAAUUGCAGUUCAUUUCACGAGGCUAUCCGAAAGGCAUUGUUUUACAGUUGUGUUUGGUUUUCACGCCAAUGGUUUAUUUUAGGAUUUUGUAUUUUUUAUAAUAUUGUUUGAUUUAGACUCUAAAAUAAGAGUUUGAUCCUUAACAAUUUGAAAAGAAUAAUAUACUCUAUCCAUGAUCCUACUCAUGAAUCACAGUCAUACAAUUGAAGUUUCUAACUAGUACAUUACCGUACUUUACUAAGUUAUAAAAUGGCAACCCUUUCAAAAUAUUGUAUAAACACUGUGCAUCAUGGUAGGUGUUUGUAAAUUUAACUAAACAAUUGCCACAGUCAAUUAACAAACCAAAUAUUUCAAUUCAUAUUUUAAUUUUCAUGUUUACUAAUUUUUAAAACUUACAUUCCAUUACCUCCAAAAUUAAGAAAUAAAUUCUUUUAAAUGUCUCUAAGAAAGUUUACUAGUGUCCCAAGCCGCAUGAUCGUUAACAUUUAGUAUGUUAAUAAUUUCUUGCUGACCUAUUAGGGAUCCCACGUUUUAAAAGACGGUGUUGAUAUUGUAUUUUAUUUAAAAAUUAAUGUUUUACAUGUUUUUGGUUGCUGAUAGUGGCAUCAAUCACUUAACUUGAUGCACAUUUUUCUAGACACUGUUCACUAUCCCUCAACUCAUCCCUUCAGUAUUGAUGAGUUUCCGUGAGUUCAUAUAUUGCUUAAACCAUGUGAAACUUUCCCUUUAAAAAAACCCAGAGUCCCUCUGAUUUCAAGCUGUUUAAAUACAGUAAAGUUUGGUUCCCAAUUAAUAACUGGAGCCAUCAAAUAAAAAAUUAGUUCCUCCACACCACAAACAUAAUCUAAUUUUAAUUUACAAUCUAGUUAAAAUUCACGACAAAUUAUCUAGCAUAUCUUUAGUCAAAAUCAGUUACCAUAAACUUGUUCUCAGCUCUAAACAAAUUUGUCUCCUAUUUUAAACCAUGCUUAUGAAAACCGUACUCAGAUUUCACUUGCAUAAUUUUUAAAAUUUGUAAAACUGUGUUGAAAUAUUCUCAAAUAAAUGCAUACAAAAAGGAAUAAAUAACUGUAGCUCAUUCAUUUUUUAUCAACUUCAGAUUGAUAAUACACAAAUGAUAAAACAAGCAAAUGAUAUGUACUGCAUUAUAACUAAGAAUUAUUUUAACCAUACAAAUUAUUUUUUAGAUUUAUUCUCUCAUGCUUGUUUUUCAACUAAUGAAAAGUAUUUUGUUGUAUUUUAUACAAUUUAAAGGCUUGUGUCUAAAUCAUAGUGAUUUUUGAAGUUUUUAAUGUCAAAAAAGUAAGCUCAAUAAUAUAGACUUAACAAUGGUUAUUAAUUAAUAUUUUAAAUAAUUAAGUUAUUUACAAAUAUCUAUUUUCUGUUAUAAUUUCUUAGUGUAAAGUUUGAGUACAGUGGGACCUCAAUAUGUUCUUAUGCAUAGAAGAAAGCCUUUCUAUUUUUUAAAUUGUGAUUUAUUUCCUUCUUUCGCUUAAAUGCCUUAGAAUCCCUCCGCUGUCAGGGUGUCUACCAGGCAGGGAAGUCGCUGAAAAAUUGGGUUCAUAACUAAAAUAAAGUUCCCCAGACCUGUCUUUUGUUUUGCACCUUGCUACAGGCAAUGAUGAAAUUCAUAAUGCAGAAAGAUUGAGCAAACAAAUUUUAGGAGCAGGCAAAAAUGCUCAUAUCGUUAUGGCCAACUAUCUCAUGUUCAAGUCCCUCAGUCAAUGAUUAUUGUCUUGCCUGUAUCAAAGAUAGCGUGUUUCAACACCCCCUCCCCUCAUUAAGUCACUAAAAUUUAGUUUGAUCAACUGAUAGACACCCUGACUCUGCAUUUUGUUUUUCUUAACUGGCAUCAAGAAGUUAAAUUAAUGUGUGGAAGGUUAACUGACAACCAGACAAGAAAUCUGAAUUGUAAUAAAUAAUGUGAAAUUGAAAUGAAGUUUUGUAUCAGGUGCAUUAUAAUAUUGGUUUAAAUCCCCCAUUAUCAAUACUGUAUCUAGAAAUCGACUUUCCCUUUUAUUCUCGGUUCUGACAAGGUCCUACUGUAUGAUAAGAUUGUUAAUCUAAAACUACAUGAAUAGAUGUCGUGAUUGCCUAAUACAAUAUUAUUAAUAUGGCUCGAAGUUUUCAAUUUGUGGGUUAAUUCUAUAUUAGAGCUCAACUAGUAGUCUUCAGCUAAUAAAAAACGUUCACUAAAAUUUGUAUGUUGGUUUUUCUUUAAAAAAAGAUAAUUCUUUCUGUUUAUGGAUAGUUAAUGAGUUAAUACCUACACUUCAACCCAUUGAUGGAGAUAUUAAUUGUAUCAACGAUUUCCUUUUUCAUUCAAUGAGCACAAAAUGGUUUUAACUAACAAAACAAAUUGGAACACUUUGUUAUUUAUUAAGGAUCUUGGAAUCAAUGUUAUUCCAAUUAUGUAAAUAAGAAACGUAAUGUAUCUUGAUAGAGUAACAAAUGUUUAGUGACAAAAUAUAUUCAUAUUUAUAUUGGAUUUACCAUUUAACAAGGGCAUAGUCAAUUAAUACAAACCAUUUUAGAAAUAACUGUUGAUAUAAAUGUACUUAAUCAUGACCCAUUCCUGCAUGGGGCUGUCUCAGUUAGACUCCAGUUACGCAGAUUAUAAAUAUCACUCAUUCUUGUCAUGAUGGUUGUUAAAUAAAAAUUCAUAAGUAUGA